GUCAACUCGUCACUUACCCAAGAAAUUCUCAUUUCCUCUCUCUCUCACCCCCUCUCCAUAUAAAUCUCUCUGUUUCUGUCAAUUUCUCUCUUCCUCCGCCACAAUAUCUUUGAGUUCUUCAUAUAUUUCUACCUCUUAAAUCUCAUUCUUCAGUUCAAAGGGUUGAUGAUGAAGGACGACUGGGUUGCAGCGGCGCUGGAAGACGACGCGGUGGUGGCGGAGAUGCUCUUCCGGCUGAAGCAGUCCCACUCCUCCCAGACCUCAGAUGCGUGUGCGCCGGCCAACAGGGAGUCUCUGUGCCUCCUCCUUCCGCCGCUGCACUGGGGGAGCCGUCAGCCGCGGUCCAAGUCGUCCGGUCACAAGUGGUCCCGAUGCGGCGGUUCCGACGCCGCCGUGGCGCGUAGCCCUACCACGCCGCUUUCCUGGAGCGGAGGCUCUGCAUCUCCCAGCGACGGCGGCGGAUGCGAUGAGUCCAGCCUACCGCCUUCCUCCUCCUCCGAUCUGUCGUCUGCCUUCAGAUCCAAGUGUGCUGUCACUGCUGAAAUAUUCAACAUUAGCAGCUGUUCUAGCCAAGGAUCUAAAAGGAAGAAGACAUUUGAUGUGCUUAAGGAGGAGGAGAACUCACUUUUGAAAGAGAGAGUGGACUUGGAAAGGGAACUGGCUUCUGCUCAUGCCAACCUCGGUCGAGAGAGAGCCCAUAGUGAAAACUUGAAGAGAAUCAGAGUCGAUCCAAACCCUAGAUCAUCAGAAAUCAACACGGAUGGACGAAAUCAAGAACAAGAAACAGUAGCCUCUUGUCAAUACAAAAACAGAAACUUGAUUGAAUCAACAAAAACACAUCAUGUCCACCCCACACAGACAAAAACAACAAUAGAUGUCAAAUGGGUUUCAUCGGAUUCAGUUACCGAAGUGUCUGUUUCGCAACAGAAAAAGAGAGGCUUCGUCCUGCCGGAUCUCAACAUGGAGCCAUCAUCCGAAGAAGAAGAUGACUAUGAGGAGAUUAAGUGAGAGGUGAAACUGAACUUGCUCCUCUCAUAUAUUCUGGAAGCAACUCUGAUCUUUGAUGGCGCGAUCAACGGCCCAGAAGCUUCCCCUGCCCUGUAAAUUACUACUACGUGCGUUCUCUUAUCCUUUUCGGACCGAGACAAAGUCUGCGGCUCGCGGGCUCGGAAACUGCAGCUUCUUUUGAUGCAGUGCGAGAAGAUCUGUUGGGAAUUUGUAGUGUAGAAAAGAACACAAGAACAGUUUCAUGUGUAGA